AUGGCGUCUGGGGUGUUACCUUUCGUGCGAGGGAUCGAUUUAGCAAGCAAUGAUUUUAAGCAACUUCCUUUUCCUGAGGAGAUGGGCGAGAUGGUUAACAUGAGAUGGCUAAAACUCGACUCAUGCAACUUAGAUGAGAUGCCAGAAGUCUUGCAAAGUUUUAAGAAAUUGGAACGAAUUUCUGUUAGUAAAAAUCAACUUAAGGAACUGGGUAGUGAGCUACCAAAACUAAAAGAUUUAAGGGUUGUUACAGCUCGUCAAAAUCAAAUCACGAGUAUUGGACUACCAGGGGAACUUUUUGAACUAGAUGAAUUAACGACUGUGGAUCUUAGCCAUAAUGAUAUAUCGGAGGUGCCGCAUACCUUGGGAAUUGCUAGACACCUGCUAGUUCUAUCUCUCAGUCAUAAUCGGAUAUCUACCAUACCGGGACAAGUUUUCGUGAAUUUGGCUGAUCUGUUUUAUUUGGAUAUCAGUAAUAAUAAAUUAGAAUUGAUUCCUCCUCAAUUACGAAGACUUAUAAAUUUACAGACGUUGGAUAUCUCCCACAAUCCUCUUGGUCAUUCACAAUUAAGGCAAUUGGCAUCUUUAACUUCUCUUCAUAACCUGAGCUUACGUAAUACGCAAAGAAGGAAUGAUAACGUACCUAACGGACUGCAGAAUUUAGUCCUCCUUGAAGAACUGGACCUUUCUUACAACGAAUUAGAGAAUGUGCCAGAUUCUAUUCUUUCUAUUAGUACUUUGCGACGAUGCAACAUCAGUUACAACGAAUUGAAAGAGUUACCUGCAUCCUUUGGAUCAUGGACAAGCCUGGAAGUAUUAAACUUGUCACGGAACAACUUAAAAUCUUUGCCAAGUGGUAUUGAUGGUCUAGUAAAGCUCAAAAAAUUGUUCCUAAAUGGUAACGAGUUGACCUUUGACAACCUUCCGGAUACAUUUUCAAAGCUCACUGAGCUGGAAGUUUUCGUGGCUAGUCAAAAUAAAUUGGAAGCUGUUCCAGUUUCACUGUUCAGGUGUAUCAAAUUGAAGAAAUUGGUCCUUAGUUUUAAUUGCUUAGUGACAUUAUCGGAAGGAGUCUACUAUUUACCUGAUUUAGAGACUUUAGACGUUAAAGGUAAUCCAGAGUUGAAAAUGCCGCCAAAACCUAAUACGACUAAUCAGAAAAAUACACUUUAUAAUAUCGAUUUUUCGUUGGAACAUCAGCUUGGACUGAUUGGAGCUACUUCAAAAUCUACUCAGAAAUCAGAUUCAUUUAAGGAUCACAAUGCAAGAAAGAUGAGAAUACUAAACCGCCGUGCUGAACCUGACGAGGGCAGCAAUAAAAUUUUAAAGGCUCUUGCUGAUAUUCCAAAAGAUAAGAAAGAGAAUCAAGAAGACGAUGAAGAGAUCAAAUUUAUCAAGCCUCGUAGCUGGAUGGAUCAACUGGCUAAACCUACUGUUGAUUAUAGUGACAUCUUUGCUGCAGACACAGGCCAGGAAGAAGGCGUUACGGUUUGGCAGAUAGAAAAUUUCUUACCUGUUCCGGUCGAAGAAAUUUUACAUGGAAAAUUUUAUGAUGCUGAUUGUUACAUUGUUCUUAAGACUUUCUAUAAUGAGUACGACUCAUUGGACUGGGAGAUUUUCUUUUGGAUUGGAAAAUUUUCAACGUUGGAUAAAAUGGCAUGCUCAGCUAUACAUGCAGUAAAUCUGAGGAACUUACUUGGAGCUCAAUGCCGGACUAUUAGGGAAGAAAUGGAAGAUGAGUCUGAAGACUUUUUGGAUAUUUUUGACAAUGACAUCGAUUAUAUUGAAGGCGGCACAGCGAGUGGAUUUUUUACCAUUGAGGAUCUGGAAAUCACGGUGAAAUUAUACAGAUUCAUUAUAACUUCAUCGAAGAUAAUUCUCGAAAGGGUGGACGUAUCAACUUCCUCGUUGGAUCCAAAGUAUACUUUUCUUUUAGAUUAUGGAAGGCAGCUAUUUAUUUGGCAUGGAGGAAAAGCUCCUACCACUCACCUUUCUAAAGCAAGCCUCUUCGCUCUCAAGCUUAACAAAAGUGAUAAAAAGGGGCGAGCUGAAUUAAUUGUAUUAGAACAGGGAGAGGAGACGGAAGAAUUUUGGUCUAUUAUGGGCGGUGAACCAAAUGAUGAAAUCGCAUGUCAUAUAGGAAAUCAUCAAUCUUCAAAUCUAGUUUUAUACAAGGUGGAGUUAGGUAAAGGUUAUCUGGAAUUACCCCAAGGUACGGUAAUUUGUUAUCCAUUGAAAUCUUUAAACAGGAAUGAACUCAUUGAAUUUUAUGCGUGGAUAAAUAGAAACAUCAAACGCUCACUAUUAAACACUAAAGACGUCUACAUACUAGAUUGCUAUUCAGAUGUUUUCGUGUGGAUUGGUCGUGAGUCAAGUCGAUUGAUACGGGCUGCUGCCUUAAAAUUAGUUCAGAGCUUACUGGAUUUGUUAGGUAGACCAAAUUUUGUGACGGUGAACCGAGUUUUGGAAGGGGCCGAAUCGUUAGUGUUCAAGAACAAAUUUAGUGGAUGGGAUGACGUGCUCAAUUCAGAUUUUACAAAGUUAAAGCCUUCCCCCUCUAUAUCUAAUCUAGAUAUUUCAAAACGAAAAAUUAAUAAAGAAAUUAUUGAACCUGAAUCAAAGGAAUCUUUAAAAACGGACCUGUCCUGCUUGUUUAGUAACCGGCAAAAGCCCAUGUCUAAUGAGGAUGCGGAGCAACUCAUGGAUGAAUAUAACGAUGAGCUUGACUACAUGCAGUGUUUCGUACUGGAAGGCAAAAAAUUUGUUAAGUUGCCUGAAUCUGAAAUUGGUCAUUUUUAUGAUGGCGACUGCUACGUAUUUUUAUGCCGCUAUUGGGUUCCAAAGGAUCUGGAUGAAGAGGAUGAUCCGCAGAAAGAAACAAAUGAUGAAGAUGCCUAUGAAUCUGUUUACGAAGUAUAUUUUUGGCAGGGCCGUCUUACAACAAAUAUGGGUUGGUUAACAUUUACCUUCAGUUUGCAAAAGAAAUUCGAAACUCUGCUCGGGAAAUUGGAAAUAACAAAAGUUAGCCAGCAACAAGAGUCCUACCGGUUUUUAUCUCAUUUCAAGAAGAAGUUCAUUAUUCACCACGGCCAAAGAUUAGUCAGACGACAGGCCAUCACUGAGGAGCCUCGCCUUUAUGAAGUUAGAGCAAAUGGAUGCAUAUUGACUAGAAGAGUACUAGAGGUUCAGGAAAAUGUAGACGAAGAAGAAAUGGAAGACCAAUCUGAAGGCACUAUCUACAUUUGGAUGGGAAGUAAAUUUCCGGAAAAGGAUGCAGAAGGAAUAGAUGAGCUAGCCAGCUUUUUGGUCCAUGAGAGAAAUUAUGAAACGCAUCUAAUCCACGAGGACAGUGAAGACGAAAAAUUUUGGGAACUACUAGGCGGAAAAGCGAAAUAUGAUCAGGAUGCAGAUUUUCUUCGCUAUUCUCGGCUAUUUCGUUGCUCAAAUGAUCGAGGAUUUUUUAAAAUCUCGGAGAAAUGCGUCGAUUUUUGUCAGAAUGAUCUUGUUGACGACGAUGCCUUUAUACUUGAUACUGGCCAUGAGGUGUUCGUUUGGGUUGGUAAUCAAGCUAGUGAGAUUGAAAUUAAGCUGUCUUUAAAAAGCGCUCAGCUUUAUCUACAACAUUUGAGGGAUCGCAAUGCAGUGCCCGCACGUAAACUUCUUCUAGCAAAGAAAGGUAAAGAACCGCAUCGGUUUACACGAUGUUUUCAUGGGUGGCGAAAAUUUGUUACUUAG